GGUUUGUUGGGCUGUGCUUCGGCUAGUGGAGAAAAGAGUUCACUAUAUAAACCCUGAUACAGGGUCUGAUACAUCACCAAAGCUUCCAGAAGAGCAACAGAGAACAUGUCUACAUACGCUCAGGAGGCCAAGGAAGAUCUUCCUCACAUAAACAAGUACAAGGACAAGAUUAUCAGUGCUGCUAACAAUUGUAAUGUGCCACCUUCUGUCGUGGCUGGCAUCAUCUCCAGAGAGACACGCGGAGGUAGAGGGGCAGGUUUCACUUCUGAUGGCUGGGGAGACAACAGGAAUGCCUUUGGACUAAUGCAGGUUGACAUACGCUACCACAUGCCUCAGGGUGCGUGGGACAGCCAGACCCAUAUUGAGCAAGGAAUUGGGAUUCUACAAUACUUCCUCACAGACUUUAAGGAUAAGCGUCCUAGUUGGAGCGCUGCGCAGCAGCUGAAAGGAGCGCUGGCUGCCUACAACAUGGGUACAGAAAGAAUGGAUUACAACAACGUGGACGCUCACACUACUGGGGGGGACUACUCCGCUGAUGUCCUUGCCAGGGCCGAGUUCUUUAAGAGGAAUGGGUAUUAACUCUGAGAGCUGCCCCACUUCUC